GGUUGUAUUUGUGUUUCAACAGUUGCCUUCUUUCAUUACAAACUUGGAUAAAUAACCUUAUUCGACGCAGUUCUAACUCCGUAAUGCUAUUUUAAGCAUGUAAUUGCCACUGGCGAGCAGCCGUGUUUGUAGUAGCUAAAGCCAGCGUUAGCAUCGCUAAAAAUAACAAGACAACAAAUGCAUUUUCCAAAUCGCUUUCUCGAGAAAAAAAGAAUUGGUUAUUGCCACAGUACUUACAUAAUUAGUACAUAUUGACUUGACUUGACUUGACUUGACUUGAUUUGUUGUUGUUACCAUACUUAUGUAGCAUGGUACAUUUCGUAAUUAAUAUAUCUACUGUACAGUGUGAUACAGUGGAGGAUUUUAUUGCUUAUUAUUAUACGCACUUACGCUUUUUCACAACAUUUUACAGGGGGGUAUUCUAUGUAAUAGUGUGUAACAUUUGAGGAACAGUGAAAAUGGAUAGUGAGGAGGCUCCAGCGCAGCGGCCAGUCACCUUGGACAUCACAGUGGAAGAUGUCACCCGAGAGGCUCCAUCUCAAGACUUUCCAGAGCCAACCAGGCAGGCACCUACCAAAGAUUAUGUCCUGCCACAGGUAGAGAGUGUUGACCUGGGUGGAGAGUUUGCAACACCCCAGGGAGACAGCAGUGCUUCUCCCUCAGAAAGCCUAAUGGACAAGCUCAAUGACCAGAUGAUGGAGAGCGUCAUGAUCUCUGAUUCACCUAAUAACAGUGAGGAGGAUGAUAUCGCUCCCAUGGACUCAUUUCUGGAUGGUGGCCUAAAUGAAGAAAAUUAUGGAAAUACACAGUGUGACACUGAUGAACAAGCCAACUCUUUACAGAUUACUACUGAGAUUAAAGUGUUACCUGUGCAGCAGAAUGAAGAUUCUGAGCUGAAAGGGAAAGAGGAGACAAACAUCCAAGAGCCACCCACAUCGUGUAUUUCAUCUCACCCUGACAGCCAGAGUCCAUCAAGUCCUCAAUCUGAGGAACCAGCUUUAGAAAAAGGGACAAGUCUCAAAGACGAACCCGUGCCAGUGUGCACCAUAUUCAGCCAAGGUAAACAGCCAAAUACAUUGAUACCCGAUGGCUUCCAGCCCACCCUUAUCAAGUCCCCCAGCUUCAGUAUGGGGAGCAGUGGGGGCACUGAUGAGGCAGUGACCCCCAGCAAGUUGACCACUCCGCUUGUAUGCCAACCCAGCCCCAGCCUCAGCAAGUUCUUUACUGACAAUGGACAGACUAAUCCAGCCUCUGACUUUUUUGAUUCCUUCAUGGCCCCCUCCUCCUUCAUUUCAGUAUCUAACCCCAAUGCAGAGAUUCCUACAGGCCCGCCUAAAUCACCCAUAGCCACUACCCCCGAGCACCAGGUUUCUUCCACCUCCUCCUCUUCCUUCACUCCUAGUGUUCCCACUGCAAAUUCAGUACAAGGGUCCGUCCCUACUGAGUUCAUAGCCAAGUCUCAACUUCCUUCGGCCCUAACAGCCCCAGCUCCAAGUCAACCCCUGGCCUCAGCUCCGGCCACUCAGCCGCAGCCCUUCAACCAACUCCAGGCUGUGUUCUCAGGAAGUGACGAUGCAUUUGCAACAGCGCUGUGCCUGAGCGAGGUGGACAGACGCCAUGAUGCAUGGCUGCCAUCUGAGGAGACCAGGAAGGCACUGAUCUCUGCGGCCACCCAGCAGUAUAGCCCAGUAUAUGUAGAGAGCAACAGACUCACCAUGCCUGGUCUCAAGUUUGACAACCUCCAGGGUGAUGCUGUCAAAGAUUUAAUGCUUCGAUUUUUGGGGGAGCAGGCGGCAGUAAAGCGUCAAGUUCUCACAGCCAGCUCUGUGGAACAGUCCUUUGUUGGUCUACAACAGCUUAUUAGCAGCAAGAACUGGCGAGCGGCAGUGGAUCUGACAGGCCGUCUUCUGACUGCUCAUGGCCAGGGAUAUGGAAAAGCCGGACAGCCCACUUCCCAUACCACAAACUCACUGCAGCUUUGGUUUGUGCGUUUGGCCCUUCUUACCAAGCUGAACCUCUUCCAAAACGCUGAACUGGAAUUUGAGCCUUUUGGCGAUCUGGAUCAACCUGACCUCUUCUACGAAUACUACCCCAGUCUUUACCCUGGAAGAAGAGGCUCCAUGGUGCCGUUCUCCAUGCGGUUACUGCAUGCUGAGCUUCCCCAGCACCUGGCAAAGCCUCAGGAGGCUCUGGACCGCCUGCACAACCUCAAAACUGUCUGCCUCACAAUCUUGGACAACUUGGAGAAAUGCUUAGCUGAGGAUGGCAGCAUGAUCACCCUAACAGAGGAGAAUAGACAAGAAUCUCUAAAGCUGUGGAGAUCUCGUCUCAGCCGUGUCCUCUACUCCAUGGCCAACUGUCUGCUCAUGAUGAAGGAUUAUGUUCUGGCUGUGGAGGUCUACCAGUCCAUUAUCCAGUAUGAACCCCAGCAGAGAGUGCAGCUGCUCAGCGGCAUAGGACGCAUCUUUUUGCAGAUCGGAGAUAUUAAGACUGCUGAGAUGUAUUUCGAGGAUGUGGAGCAAGCCUGUCAGAUGACAGACAUCGAGCCCAGCCUCGCGACAUGUGUUCUGAUGAACAGGGCAUUUGUGUACCUCAGUCAGAACAACUAUGCUGAAGCUCAUGCAUCCUUUAUUGAAGUUCUAAGGAUGGACCCGAAAAACCCUGUGGCCAACAACAACGCAGCUGUGUGCCUGCUCUACCUGGGCCGGCUCAAGGAGUCCCUGGGCAAGCUGGAGGGCCUGGUUCAGCAGGACCCAGCACUCUACCUCCAUGAGAGCGUGCUCUUCAACCUGACCACUAUGUAUGAGCUGGAAUCAUCACGGAGCACCCAGAAAAAGCAGGCACUUUUGGAGGCUGUGGCCUGCCGGGAGGGGGACAGCUUCAACACUCAGUGCUUGAAACUGGCCUGACGAGUGGGGGGGUUGGGGGAUAAUGAUAUCACAUCUUCUAACAGUACCACCACCCCCAAAAAAGUUCUUGCUCCUAUAAGAACAAAGUCAAUGUUCAUUGCAAACGCGUAUGGUUUACCCAUCCGUAAGAAUUGUUAACUUCAGUCUGCUAGGAAUCUUUUGACAUUUGGCAAGCUUAGCUUGACUUUGUCCACACAAUACAAGAGGACCUGGUGACACAUGCUGGAGUCAACCAAGCUAGUGCUACUUCUCUGUUGACAGUUAUUUACAAUACUGCUCUUCUUAAACGAGACCAUUUCCAAACAAAAGUCCCACUUGUUUUCUAUGAAACUGGCCUGGACACCAAAAUACACUAUAAUGCAUUAGAAAUACAGACCUUUUAUUGUAUCUCAACAAGCCAGUAAGGAAAAGGGUCACUUAUUGUUUGAUCAUUUUGCAUUUUAAUUGUUGUAGCGUAUACUGUAGCUGAUUGUUUUGAACUGCCUUCUAAUAAGCUGCUAGCACCCAGCAAGCAUGCAAGGCCCAUUUGCAGGAACUCACCCACAGCAGGUUCUGGUUAAUUUAUUACAAUUAUGAUACUUUAGAUGUGUUACAAGGCAUAGAAAAGGACGGCUACAGUAUUUCCCAGCCUGCCCUUGACGCUAAGAGCAGCCUGUGGUUGGUAAAUAUUCAUUUACAGUCAUAUUAUUCUGUCAAAUAUCAUAGAUACGUUGCAGCACACCACUAGUGGUGGUUUUAAAGAAGUACACAAUGUGGGACUUGACGUGGGCAUUAUGCUAAGACGCAUUCUUCAAGACUAAUACACAUGCACAGGACCAUACAAAGCCUCUCCACAUGAGCGGACACUUGUAGUACUGGAUUAACUGUAACGCCAUUCAAAUUCAGCUUUCUUUUGCUGGGGUUUAAGUCGGGCAAUAUUCAUGAACCACUGCAUUUUUACCUUCAAGCAACAAGCUGUCCAAAAAGCUUUUUUUUGUUUGUUUGUUUUUGUAUUUUUUAAGAUCCCAUGAAUAUAUUACAGUCUAGUUAAAAUGACUUGCUGUGUCUGAGAUCUUAACUUUCACUGUUUACAUAUUGUGUUGAUCAUAAUAGAUUAUUGUAUAUUAAGAGAUUCUGUCUUAACCUUAAUAAAAGAAAUAUUUUAAACAAAACGUGUUUUGAUAGGAAAAGCGAUUAAUCUGAAGCUCGAUUAAUCGAGUAAACAGUUAGCUAGGCCCUAAAUGGACCAAACCAAUAUGAACCAAACACAAUUAGUGGUUUGCUGUGCAACUUAUCAGAAAGAAGAGGCAAAAAUGUCCAUCGCUGUUUUCCAAAGUCAAAGCUGAUGUGUGUGAAUAUCUUGUUUGACACAAAGAUAAUAGGUCUGCUUUCAUGGAUGACUAAGACAUUUUUAAAAAUAGUCACAUUUGAGAGGCUGAAAUCAGAGGAUAUUUACAUACAAUCAAAUACCAAAAUAGUUGGCAAUUAAUUGGAUAAUUAAUUGUUGCAGCUCAGCAUACUAUGACAGUGAAACAUCAAUAAAGUACAUUAAAGUUAUCAGUAGAAAGUACAGUAUGAAAAAUAUACUUAAUAUGGGAGGGGUGUCAAGACCUCGCAAGAUUUCUCGUUCAGAAAAAAAAUGUCUUGUGCGCACCAGGCCAGGGACGAUGGUAAAUAAAUUAAUCACACAAUAAAUGAAAAUGAACUCCAUAAAUUUGUCGGCCUCAAUACAUUGCCAUGUGCACACGUCUAAAAUAAAAGUAGCAGUAGAAACGCUGGCUGCUAAUUGCAUUCAUUUCUUUAUUAACAAGCUGAUGAAAGGCUUGGACUACAAUAGGGCACUGUUUGCCAUGUAUUGGUGCAAAGUUUGUAGUUACGAUACAGACACUUUCCAGAACAUGUGAAUAUCAUGGGAAAGUUUAUUUACACAAUUCCCUUCAAAAAGUUCAACUUUCAUAGAUUAUAGAUUCAGGGCCCACAAUUUACACGCUGUCAAGUAUUGAUUUGUUUAUUUUUACAUAAUGUGGGCUUCCAGCUCAUAAAACCCACAAAAGCAGGAAUUUAAAAAAUUAGAAUACUGUGAAGAAAUCACCAUUUACCAAAAGAAAGAAGGAUCACAUCGAAACAAUCAAAGUAUAGCACUUUCAAAACGAUAUGUCAAUCUUCAAUACUUGGUUGGGAAUCCCUUUGCCUUAAUCACUGCCUCGAUGCGCCGUGGCAUUGAAGCAAUCAGCCUGCGGCAUUG